AUGAUGGACAACAUAUGUUGGUCUCUUUUGAACAGGGUGAAUUCAGACACUCGAACACCCAUGCUGGGAUGCAUGACAGAGCUAAGCACUGUGCAUUUCGACUGCUUAUAUCGUGGUAUUACAGCGGUGUCAAGUCGAGAAUCUAAACUCUUGGCUGGAAAUUGCAUCAUUGCACAGGUUGGAGCUCCCCCUGGAAAAGAACGAAAGCGUGAAUUUGUGGACAAUCCAAAUGGUCUGUUCUCUGCACAAGCUGCACCAAAGCCCCAACGGCCAUGUACAUAAUGACCGAAGGGAUGAAAGUAGGGGGGAAGAGAACUGUGCUUGUUCCUCCAGAGGCAGGAUACGGCAAAAAAGGGAUGAAUGAGAUACCGGUAAGCUGUUAACAAUGGUCAUACCAGUAUAUUUUAAAAGUUACCACAUAAUAUAUUUAUUUUGUUUAA